AUGGCUCUUACGGACUGUGUCUCACUGUUCCUGGGCUCACGCUCCCGGCUUAUUUCACUUGAUCUGAUUGUGGUUCUCUCCCGAGGAACGGCCAUUGCUGGCUACACUCGGCGAAGCACACUCGGCGCAAAGGGCUUGCCGGACGAAGAGCUUAUUUCUCGGACGAGUGCAUCGCUUCUCGCCUCUGAUAAGUGA